GGCUUUCAACACUCUCACAUGCGUCGCUCUCGCGAGCAUCGCACGCCCGUCUAGUCACACCCCCACCAGCCCCUUCGAUAGAAACACCACCACCGCCACCUCCUCCGGAGGAAGGAAGGAAGGAAGGAAGGAAGCUGACGAUCCACCGCCGCCGCCGUUUUCUCUUCCCGGCUUCGUUCUUCUGAACCGGGGUCGAUGGGAAUCCGAGACCCAGAAAGGAAAAACGAUUCUUUUGAUGUUACGUGCCAGCAAACAGGCGCCUCUCUGUUGUCGUGAACUUGGGUAGUGAAAACAAGAUUCAGAGAGAGAGAGAGGGAGGAGAGAGAGAGAGUUCCUGGGUCACUCGCGCUCGGGGACUCUCUGUGACUCAGGAUCUCGACCCGACCCGAGUCCGAUGGCAGCCGCCCUGGAGUGCUGGUCGGGCCGGGCCAGCACGGACGAGGACAUGGUGGAGCAGGUCCUGAUGCGGACCCACGACCGGUCCGAGGGGUCGCCGGUGGCGGCGGCGUCCUCGUCCUCGGGACCGGCGAGGGAGCAGCCGUCGUCGGCGUCGUCGUCGUCGGUCAUGCAGAAGAAGCUGCAGAGGCUGAGCCGGAACGUGUCGGAGGCCAUCGCGUCGCUGAAGAACUCGCUGAAUCUGGACUCGUCGCGCGACGCGCCGCCGCAUCCCUCCAAGAUCGACGGAUGCCGGAGGAUGGUGUGGGGGAGCGUCGUGAGGAGCUUGACCCAGCUGUACCCGGGGAGCCAGUUGCCCGAGAAGCUCGUCUCCAACAUUCGCAAGCAUUACGAUGCUUUGCCUCUCAGUUAUGCGCAAGCAGGGUUUGAUAUGAAGGAUGUGUUUCUCCAUAUCAAAUUGAUGGAGCAGGCUUCGGGGGAUGAUCGUCCCGCGAUUCUUAUCCAAGAAGUGUCGCAGGAUGAGGUCCAGGGGUCAGUUUUUAAGCUCACAUUUGCCUGCAACUCGUUAAUCUCGUGGUCGGCGAUGUCAGGGGCACUCGACAAUGCCUCCAUUUGCUGCAAGAAGAUACAGAUCUUUGAGAAGAAGGGGUUUACACUAGGGAUUGUUCUUCUGUUAGUGCAAGCAGAGCAAGAGAGGAUGUUCAAGACCCGAAUCGAGAAUGCCCUGAAGCUGGCCAUGAAGAAGCAUAGACCCACCUCUGUGAAGCUGGCUUUUGGGCUAUGUGGCUGUCAAGAAGAGAGCACAAACGGUAAAGAACUAGGACAGGUCGAAGAUGACGUGGGGGAGCUGAAUUAUCGAAAUGGUAGUGAGAAUCUGUAUCCAAAGGUUCAGCUUCAGAUGCCCCUUCCCACAUCAUCAUAUGUCGUUUCGGUUGAUGAGUGGCAGACCAUACAGUCGGGCGGGGACGAGAUUGCGAAAUGGCUUCUGAACUCGGACAAUCUUGAAUUCGUUGAUCAGAUUGGCCCGAGUUCUUUCAAAGGGGUUUAUAAGGGCAGGAGAGUGGGGAUUGAGAAGCUCAAGGGUUGUGAUAAGGGGAACUCUUAUGAGUUCGAGCUCAGAAAAGAUCUUUUGGAGCUAAUGACUUGUGGGCAUAAAAAUGUUCUGCAAUUUAUCGGUGUCUGCAUAGAUGAAAGUCAUGGGCUAUGCAUUGUGACGAAGUUGAUGGAAGGUGGAUCUCUUCAUGACUUGAUGCUUAAAAGCAAGAAGCUUCAAAUCAGGGAGAUUGUCAGAAUCGCAAUCGAUGUGGUAGAAGGAAUCAAGUUUAUGAACGAACAUGGCGUCACAUAUAGAGACCUCAAUACACAGAGAAUUUUGCUUGACCGCCAUGGGAAUGCCUGCUUGGGGGAUAUGGGCAUUGUUGCUGCUUGUAAGAGUGUUGGUGAAGCAAUGGAUUAUGAAACCGAUGGUUACCGGUGGUUGGCUCCUGAGAUAAUUGCAGGCGAUCCUGAAAGUGUGAGUGAGACAUGGAUGAGUAACGUUUACAGUUUCGGAAUGGUAAUGUGGGAGAUGGUGACCGGGGAGGCAGCUUAUGCUGCUUAUUCUCCAGUUCAGGCAGCGGUGGGGAUCGCCGCUUGCGGACUCAGGCCGGAGAUUCCAAAGGACUGCCCGCAAUUCCUGAGAAAUCUGAUGACGAAAUGCUGGAACAACAGUCCUUCAAAACGCCCUCAGUUUUCCGAGAUUGUCUCGCUUUUGAUGCACCACAUCAACAAUGGCAACGACAACAGGUAACCCUUUGUCGCGCAUCUUGAUUUCUCAUUCGUAGAAACUAGUUGUAUCCAAAAAUGCACCCAUGAUCGCCGGGUGCUAAUUACGCGCAAAGCUGUAGAUGCUCCAAACUCGAAUAUGAGGAAUGAAAUAGAUCUCCAGUCUUUUUA